AUGGCUCUUCCCCCAGAUUCCACGGCGGUUCUGACCAUAUCUGCCCUUGAAGCUGCAGCCGGGAUGGUCUCCAGUUCUUUCAUUGGGUUUCAUAUUCUAAAAAACAUUUCUAAAGGACAAACCAUAAGCACCAUAGAUAAAAUCCUCCUGGCACUGAGCAUCUCCAACAUGGUGUCACCCAUCACACUGUUAUCCUCCAUUGUUAAUCAUGUUGUCUGGAAUGAGAUGAACAUCUCCAGUAUGUUGAGAUACAUGAUGGUCUUGUACUGUAUGAGCUCCUGCUCCUGGCUGACAGUCUGUCUCUCCUUCUUCUAUUAUAGUAAGGUUAUGCAGUUCCGGUCCAGGUAUCUCUCCAGGUUGAAGAAUAACAUUGAUUCACUGACCCCAUGGACAAUCCUGGUGGUGGAGGUCAUAUCUCUAGGUGGCAGCUUUAUGAAUGUCAUGAAGGACUUCAUUCCAGGACUCUCUCCAUGGAACUCUGACGUGACAACCAACAUCACCAAAGACAGUUCUACAACAUCAUCCUUGUACGAGGUGAUGUACCUUAGUAACUUUGUCCUAUAUCCGUGUAUGAUAGUCCUUACUGUGUGGAUUAUGGCUUCUGUCAUUAUGCACAUUCAUAGGAUGAGGAGAAACAUCUCCACUGCUAGGACCAUCAACCUGGAGGUUCACCAGAGGGUUGUCCGUACUCUGCAGCAUCUAGUGGCUUUCUAUGUAGUCUUUUAUCUCCUGCUGAUCAUUGAAUAUAAUAUAUCGCUCCCGGGUGUCUAG